GGGCAAGAGGUGAAUUGCGUGACGUCCACAAUUUCCCGCUAAUCGCGCAAAGUGCUGUCUUGGAAAAUCUACAAAUCCUCAUUUCUGCUCCAAAAUCAUUCGCAGGAUGGACGAAAUCAGUCUGGCAGCGGAUAAAGUGACCAAUAGCAUCGUGAGAACAUUGGAAUUUGCCAUGUUCAAUAUCGAGGAUGACGAGGAUUUUGUUUCAAUGAUGAAGGAAAAGUCUCGCGUCAUGAUCAGCAGGAUGGCCGCUUGUGAGCUUGAGGGUGAAGAGAUCAUGAAGUGCCUCGACAAGACAAAGACACACCAAUCUUCAACUGUCUUCAAAGAGGAGUUCCUCAAGGCGGUCGAGAAGAUUACCGUCGAUACGUCGGACACCAGAAGAGUUCGUGAAUUUGAGAGAUUCUUGGAGAAUUUUGAUAAAAAGGUUUUGCCUACGACCACUUCGGAUGAGGGCAUGACAGUCACGGGAGAUAUCCAGAGAACUGAUCCUUUCACGAAGAAAUCUCUAGUUCAUCCAGUGAGGAACAGGAAAUGCAAUCACGUCUAUGACAAGGACAGUUUGAUGAAUGUGAUCAAGAUGAAUCCAAGAGUCAGAUGUCCCUAUGUUGGCUGCACAAACAAGGAUUUUCUCCGGAUGGCGGAUGUCGAGGAGGAUUUCGCACUGAAGUUCACUCUGCAGAAUGCAGAUACCGAAGAGAUUGAGGAGAACGAUUAAGUCACGCCCAACUUCCACAUCAUUUCUUUCAUUUAAUGAUCUUCCUCGAGCUCACGAAGAGUCUCCGGAAACAGCUCAAACACACUCUUAUCUCUCUUCAUGUCCGUUAUGAGGAAUUCACCGCCAGUGCUGAAAUGUAUUUACCUU